CGCGAGCCCCCUAUAAAAUCUUCUCCGGCGAGACGCUGUCAAGCCAUCGGUCAGUUUACCAGAUCAACACCAACACAAAUCACUUCCAACAAAAACACAUCCCAUUCCAUCGCUUUAGUUGUUCAACAGCCAACACCAUGAGCUCUCGGAUGGCCGGAGCCACGCUUCUGCGCCACCUGGGCCCCCGCCUCUUCGUCGCCGCCGAGCCGGCGUCCGGGCUCGCCGCGGGCGCGAGGGGCAUCAUGCCCGCCGCCGCAAGGAUCUUCCCCGCGCGGAUGGCCAGCACCGAGGCCGCCGCCCCGCAUGCCAAACAAGAAGAUGAUGCCAAAAGCCCCCAGGCGGCCGCGACUCCAGCGCAGCAGAACAAGAAGGCCGUGGUGAGCUACUGGGGCAUCGAGCCGCGGAAGCUCGUCAAGGACGACGGCACGGAGUGGCCGUGGUUCUGCUUCAGGCCGUGGGACACGUACCGGCCGGACACGUCCAUCGACGUGGCCAAGCACCACGAGCCCAGGGCGCUGCCGGACAAGGUGGCCUACUUCGUCGUGCGGUCGCUCCGCGUGCCCCGGGACCUCUUCUUCCAGCGCCGGCACGCGAGCCACGCGCUGCUGCUGGAGACGGUGGCGGCCGUGCCCCCCAUGGUGGGCGGCGUGCUGCUGCACCUGCGCUCGCUCCGCCGCUUCGAGCACAGCGGCGGCUGGAUCCGCGCGCUCAUGGAGGAGGCCGAGAACGAGCGCAUGCACCUCAUGACCUUCAUGGAGGUGACGCAGCCGCGGUGGUGGGAGCGCGCUCUCGUGCUCGCCGCGCAGGGCGUCUUCUUCAACGCAUACUUCGUCGGGUACCUCAUCUCCCCCAAGUUCGCGCACCGCUUCGUCGGCUACCUCGAGGAGGAGGCCGUGGAGUCAUACACCGAGUAUCUCAAGGACCUCGAGGCCGGCUUGAUCGAGAACACGCCGGCCCCGGCCAUCGCCAUCGACUACUGGCGCCUUCCAGCCGACGCCAGGCUCAAGGACGUGGUCACCGCCGUGCGCGCCGACGAGGCGCAUCACCGCGACGCCAACCACUACGCAUCCGACAUCCAUUACCAGGGAAUGACGCUGAAUCAGACGCCUGCGCCGCUCGGGUACCACUAAUCAAUGGUUCGAUCGAUAUGCUUUCUCGGUGGUUCAACGGACCAUAGAUCGAUGCCUGCUAUGUCCACCGCUGUUACGUACUACCACUGUCGCCGAUGUUUGUCCUGUUAAUUUGGGAUCCAAGUAUGUCGAACUAUGUCUAUGAGUUCUUUUGUGUCACAUUUGUACCCAAAGAUAUAUGUUUGUGUAAGCAGGUAAUGCUUGUAAA